AUGGUGGACCUGAUGGCUCGCUCCCUCCAGCGCGUGGGCAUCCGCAGGGCGCUGGUGGUGCACUCCAAGGGGCUCGAUGAGAUCUCCCCCAUGGGUAUGUCAGUCCUCCCCUCAACAUGGAUAGUCACUCUCCCCCAUGGGUCAGUCUCUCUUCCCCAUGGGUCAGUCACUCUCCCCCAUGAGUCACUCUCCCCCAUAGGCCCGGCAGACGUGACACAAGACUCUGUUCGCCCCUUCGGGGUCAUACAUUCCUUCUCCUCCCCCUGUAGACUCUCACCCGCGCCCGUGGCAGUGGACUACGGCAUAGCGCGGUGCACAAUAGAGGACCUCAAGGGCGGGGUCAAGGCACUCAACGCGCAGCAGGUGGCCAUCGCUGAUGCUCUUCCCCUGGUACUCCCGCACCUCCUCUCUUCCUUCCUUCUCUCCCUGCAGGUGCUGAAUGCAGGCACGGGGCUGGCAGCGUGUGGGGUGGCAAAAGAUGUGGGCGAGGGCAUAGCCAUGGCUCAGGAGGCGCAGCGCAGUGGCAAAGCUAUCAGCGUGCUUGACCAAUGGGCUGCACUCUCUCAGCCCAGUCUUGUUCCCUCCACCCCCCUUCUUCCCCACAUGUCGUUUUCCUGCCUUUCCCUCUUCCUCUCCACGUCUCUGCAUCUUGCUGCCCCACUAUCAACCUUCAAUGCUUGGUUUUUUCGGUUCCUAUCUACACCUUUUCUCUAUCAAACAGGAGCUCAAGAAGGCUGA